UUCACGUUUCUUUUUUCUUUUUUUCUUCGCUUUAUUGAAAGACUUCGGCGCUAUAUAAAUCUGGGUCCUUGGGAGGAAUGAUGCAGUGCAUCCAGUGAGGAAGUCGAAGAGUCUUAUACGUAGCUCUUGUAAGUCAUCUGAUACUGUUUUGGAAUCCCCGGUCAAAGAUGCAGGGUCGAUUUGCCGUAGUCAUUUUCAUGGUCAUAGUGGGUGCCAUCAACGCGAGGCAAGUUCGGCAGACGAAGGAGGUGCCGAAAGCCAUCCAGUUGCUGAGACAACCUCUGACCUCCAUUUCCCUAAGAGAAAUGUUCAACAACAUGAACAACAACAACACUGUCGCCUUUUACACAAACUGUGUCACCGGAGGCACCUGUGACAGAGUCGGUGCUGCUCUUAGACAUUUUCUGCUUGACCUUAUUCCGGGACAAGACAUCUGUAAUGGGUGUAGCCCGUGUGAAAGAGAACGUGUCCAGUACGUGUUGGAUACCAUGAGGGAGCAGUAUCCCCAACAUGCCUGCAAAGUCCAAACGACUCUCCAGAAGCCCAUUUUUAGUGGGAGUAACCCAUGUGCCUAGUUCCAAAGCCUGUUUUAAAUAAGAGAUUACUAUUUUUUA